AUUUUAUUCAUAAAAACGAAAAAAAAAGAGAAGUCAAUAGUGUUACUAAAACCCAAAAGAUGAAAAGAGAUUUGAGUGUGGAUCAAAUCCGAGAUCUCUUCUUCCAGUCAGCAAAAAAACCCUAGAUCCAGAUGGGGGACGAGAAGAAGUCGAAGCAGAGAGAUGGGUCGAUGGUCUUCGAGUCCAUGUAUCCACUCCUUGCCCUCAUGCUCAUCCUCGUCGCUUGCGUCGACCUGUGCGACGCGGCCACUGUUGUAGACGUUUACCGUCUCGUCCAAUAUGACAUCUCCGGCGUUCCUUUCGGCUCUCGUUUCUCCUCCCUCAACCACCACGCCGCCUCCCUCAGCUUCCACCGCGGCGCCGAUCUGUCUCGCUCUGUACUUAUCCUCCCACUCCGCGAACUCGAUCUCGGAUUCCUUCAAGAUUACAUCUCACAGAAGCAGUCUCUUGGGGGAUUGUUGAUUUUGCUUCCCCAGACGUUAAGACCUGGCAACAACAUUGUUCUCUCUGAAACCCAACGGUUCAGGAAACUAUUAGCACAGCUUGAGAACUUACUUGUCCACGCCAACAUACCUUUUCCUGUCUACUUUGCUUUUGAGAAUGAAGAGACUGAUGCUAUGUUGGCUGAUGUUAAGAAAAAUGAUGCACUUGGUCAGCAAGCUACUGCCACCACUGGCGGAUAUAAGCUUGUUAUCUCUGUAUCCGAGCCUAGGAAAAUUGCAUCUCCCACCAUCACUAAUAUUCAGGGAUGGCUUCCAGGAUCAAGAGCAGAAGGAGAUUCCAACCAGCUUCCAACAAUUGCUAUUGUUGCAUCCUAUGAUACCUUCGGAGCAGCUCCUGCACUAUCGGUGGGAAGUGAUAGCAAUGGAAGUGGGGUCGUGGCGCUUCUUGAAGUAGCUAGACUAUUUUCCACUCUUUAUUCAAAUCCCAAGACAAGGGGAAGGUACAAUUUACUUUUUGCACUGACAUCUGGUGGACCCUACAACUACGAAGGGACUCAAAAGUGGCUGAAGAGCCUUGAUCAGAGGAUGCGUGAGAGCAUUGAUUAUGCCAUUUGCUUGAACAGUGUUGGCUCUUGGGACAAUGAAUUACUGGUUCACGUGUCAAAGCCUCCAGAUAACGCCUAUAUAAAACAAAUAUUUGAGGGCUUCUCUAAUGUGGCAGAAGACUUGGGUUUUCAAGUUGCUCUGAAGCACAAGAAGAUUAAUAUCUCUAAUUCACGUGUUGCUUGGGAGCAUGAACAAUUUUCAAGACUCAGAGUAACUGCAGCCACUCUAUCCGAACUUUCGACGCCACCUGAGUUACUGGAAAGUGCUGGAAGUCUGUCUGACACAAGGCAACUUGUGCAUGAGGAUGCUAUCAUUAAGGGUGUCAAGUUGGUGGCUGAAAGCCUUGCUAGACAUAUCUAUGGUCACCAAAGAAAAGACAUCAAGAUUUUUGCAGAUGACAGUAGUUUGGCUGUAAAUCCCUUUAAUGUGAGAUCAUGGUUGGAUCUUUUGUCACAAACUCCUCGGGUGGCACCGUAUCUCUCAAAGAGUGAACCACUAAUCACGGCUCUGAAGAAGGAACUAGAGGAUUAUACUGCUGAAGUGAGUGUUCAACAUGAAUCUUUAGAUGGAAUUUUCACCUUUUACGACUCAACAAAGGCUAGCCUUAACAUAUACCAGGUGGCGAGUGUAACAUUCGACUUGCUCUUGCUUCUGGUGUUAGGAUCAUACUUAAUAGUGCUUUUCAGCUUCCUCGUCAUCACAACUCGGGGUGUGGAUGACUUAAUAAGCUUAUUCCGCCGGCCUCCUUCCCGGAAAGUGAAAAUGGUUUAAGCUUUCCCUGCCGGAAUGUUACUUUACAUUCUUCUCAUCCGCGAUUCACUCAUCACAUUUGUUUGGUGAGUCGUUAGAAUCUGAAUCAUGAAGAGAAGAAGACUACGAAAUGAGUUUUGGCUCUGCCUUAACUCUUUCUUCUGUUGUAUGCCUCUGUUUAUGUGGCUUUAUUACUUGCCUUUCCAUGAGCUGCAAAGAAAAUAAAGAUCAAAUGUUGUAGUUUUUUAUUUUUUUGGUUAAAAUGAUUUUUUUUUCUCUCCAAGCAAAUUUGAAUCGAGAAAAUUUGACUCGCUUAA